AUGUGUAAUAAUCAAAUAGAAAUCGCAGAAGGUGAAGUGAAUAGAGAAUACAAUGAAGUAGCAAUUCCUUAUACUGGUACUCUUCCUAUAAUGUCAGUUGAGGAUUGUCUUAAAAUUGAACAAGGAGCUAAAUAG